AUGCUCAACCGACUGGAAGGUGUUCCAGAAUCAAGCUCAAUUCCAAAACAAGGGGGAGAAGAAGUGCAACAAUCCAAUAAGGAAAAACCCAAACCUUCAGUCAAGCCCACUGUCAAGCCUAAAAGCAAAAAUGAACAAAAAGGCAAAGAGAAGCUGAUCAAUGAAGAACCAAUAAUUGAUAACAGUGAAGAUGAAGAGCUUGACGAACAUGAGCUAAAAAGAAGAAGAGAUCAUGAAGCUCAGAUAGAUGAGCAUCAAAGAAUUGUUUGCGAGGCUAAAGGGAAGGAAAAAGUUGAACGCAAAGCUCAAGUCACGCUGCAAAGACGAAAGCUUUUGUUUCUAGUGUGGAAUUUGAAGCGGAUUCUUAGUGAGCCUAUGGAUAUGCCAAGCCUUUAA